CGUUUUUGCCUUCGAGACAACUGGCAACUUUGAGGCUGGACCAUGGCCACACCGCUGCCCGCCGUGCCGCCGCCGCCGGGGCCCACGCCGCCGGCGGAGCCCGAGCGCGACCCCCUCGCGGACCGGGCGAACGCGGCUGCCCUCGACGCGACGCUGUCCAAGGGCCGCAACGCGCUCUUCGACGCGACGCUAGAUAGGCCCAUCCCGUCGCGCAUGCAGCCCGUCUCCCGGGAGGCGCCCGCGAGCCCCGGCGCCGCGCGGCGCCGCUUCGCGCGCAAAAUGGAGGCCCUCGACGCGCGGCGCGACCGCGCCGCGUUCGCGCACGAGGUCGCCAAGCGCCAGGGCGCGGCGCGCGUCGCCACGGCCCAGGAGUUCGAGGACGUGCGCAAGCGGUCGCGGGCGCGCACGCAGGCGGCGCUGCGCGCGCAGCGGUCCGAGGCCGUCGCGCGGAACCGGCAGCUCCUCGCGGACCUGGAAGCGGCCGAGGCCAAGGCCGACGCUGCUUUGUCCGGUAAGAGCACGGCCGCCGUCGCGCUGCGCAACGCGGCGAAGGGCGUCUUCGUCGCGGCCGCGGAGUUUGGACCUGUGUGGAAUUAUUGCGAGAGACCUUCGUCAACCUUCACGCCAUCGAGCAGACGUGUUUCCGUGGGUCGCCCGAAGUUUGAAUUCCACACAGGCUCGGACCCGAAAUCGAGCUCCAGAAGCGGCGCGAGCGCCUCGAGGAGCUGGAAGCAUUGAAACAGAGGGAGCGCGACGCCGUCCGGAAGCACAACGACGAGAAGCUGCUGGCGGCCGAGGCGGCAGACAUCGAGGCGGCCGUGCGCGCCAAGCGCCGCGACGUCGCGGAGCGCGAAUUGGACGCGGCGCGCGAACGAGCCGCGCGCGACGCGGAACGGCGCGCCGCGGCGCGCCACGACGCCGCGGUCAUCGAGGCGCUCGAGCGCGACGCGCGCGAGGCCACCGACGCGGAGACCGCCCAGAUCAAGCGCGAGCAGGAGCAGCACACGACCGAGGUCCUCCAGGGCCUCGCCGCCGAGCGGGACCGGCACAACGCCGACACGGUCCUGGCGGCGUCGGGCGGCAUGCUCGACUCCGAGUACUCGUCGGACGACGCGGCGCCGCCGCCGGAGACGCCCGCGCCGGCGCCGCCCGACUCGUCGUCCGACGACGACGACGCCGCGGUGCCGCCGGCCGCGACGUCGACGGAGGGCUACAUCCCGCCGCAGACGCGGAAGAAGAAGGUCGAUUAUGGGGCCUUCUCCGCGUCGAUGACGCGCGGGGCCGCCGACGAGUUCGACGACUACGACUAAGUACUCGAUGAGUGGUCA